AUGCCUUAGUCUCUGGGUAUGAAGAAACCUAAUUUUUCUAGUGCAACCAUCAAUAAAAGGGAAAAACUGAAUUGGUAUAUACAUACGCUUUUUAUCAGACAGGACUAUGACGAGUGCCUUAAAUUAAUUGAUGAAUAGCUGGUUGAAUCUCAUGGUAAAUCUGAAUAUGCAUUAUAUGCGAAAGCAUUGAUCCUUAGGAUAAAGGGCAAUAUUCACGAAAGUCUUGAAUUAUUUAAGAAAUGCCAUUUACUGAACCCAACAAACAUAGAUUACCUAAAACAAUUCGGUAGAUCAUUAUAUCUUCUUGGAAGACAUAAAGCAGCAAUUGAAGUAUUCGAUGAAUGCGUUAAACUAGACACUAACGAUUGGGAAGUGUAUUAUUACAAAGGCCUUAGCUAUAAGUAUCUAAGGAUAUAUGAUCAAGCAGUUCUUUGCUUCCAAUAAUCAAAUGAAAUAGCAAGACAUGAUUAAACUUUUAUAGAGCUUGGUAAAACCUAUGCAGCUUAAUAAGACUAUAAAAGUGCUAUAGAAGUAUAUUUGGAAGGUUUAGAAUACUCUCCAGAGAAUUCUGAACUUUUGACAACAAUCGGACUUCUUUAUAUAAGAUUAGGAGAAAAUUUCUAAGCUUUUUAAUUCUUAGGAAAUAGCAUGACAAUUGAUCCGAAAAAUACAAAGACAAUUUUAGCAGCAGGUUCGAUUAUUCAAGAUAAAAGUGAUCAUGAUGCAGCUCUACUAAAAUACAGAAUAGCCGCAGUGCAUAAUCCUGACUCUGCAGAGCUAUGGAACAAUAUUGGCAUGUGCUUCUUUGGAAAAUAAAAAUAUGUAGCAUCUGUUGCUUGCCUGAAACGUGCACUUUAUCUAGAUCCAUUUUAAUGGAUAGCUGCUUUUAAUUUAGGUUUAGUCCACUUGAAUACUGAGCAAUAUGCUUCAGCUUUUCAUUACUUUAGUUCAGCAAUAAAUUUAAAGCCAGACUUCUCUAAUAGCUAUAUGUAUCUUGCUAUUACCUUGAACAAACUUAAUGAUUUUGAAAAUUCUUGUAAUGCCUUUUAGAAAGCACUAGAAAUGGAUAAUAACGAUUGUACCAUAUAUCUAAAUUUCGCUAUCACUUUAUACAAUAACGGAUAAACAGCUAAGGCUAAAGAUAUGUUUCAAAAAUCCGAAAAGAUAUUUGAAACUUUGGAUGAGGAGGACAAGGAGCCUGAAAUGCUAGACUAAAGAUCAGUUCUAAUGGACUCAUUAGGCAUUCCUGAAAAAUAGUAUAUUAAGUAACCAAAGUAGACUGAGCUUUAAAAGAAUUAAAGUUCCAUCAAUGAGAGAGAAAAUAAUGUUGAUUAGUGA